CACUGAUGCCUUCAUAUGGCAUAUCCAUAUCCAUUCCUCAUUGACGUCUCAACUCACCUGCUAAACUAACCUGAACGAUCCUCCGGUGACAGAACGAUGCCAAUCCUUCCUGUCCUGUAGUUAGCGAGCAUACAACCCCCAUCAACCCUCGACCAUCAACACCAUGUCCCAAUAUUACCCUCCCAACUAUUCCUCCUCCAACAAUCCGCAAAACCUCCAGUUCUACCCCUCCUCCUACAACACAGGACCUUCACCCGGCCACGUCUCCGGCCACUCUACGCCAUUUCAAGCCUCCUACCCCGGCGGUUCGAGCUCCUCCGCGUUCCCUGGCAGCAGUUAUGGCGCAUCCUCCAGCGGAUUCAGCGGAGCCGCCUUCGGCGCACCACCAGGCGUAUCAGGGCGGAUGGGCGAGCAAGGCGGUCUAAGAACAGGAUGGCUAGCUGCAUUCUCGACAGAAGGGUACGAAACAGAGCCGCCAUUAUUAGAGGAAUUGGGAGUGAAUUUCGGACAUAUAAAAACGAAGACCCUCACUGUCCUCAACCCCUUCGCCCCCAUCUCCCACCACCUCAUGGACGACUCCGACCUCGCCGGCCCCCUCCUCUUCGCCCUCCUCUUCGGCUUCUUCCUCCGCGCCUCGGGCAAGACGCAUUUCUCCUACAUCUACGGCCUCUCCCUCCUCGGUUCCACCUCGCUACAUGUCAUAUUAUCCCUCAUGUCGCCCCCACCCAGCACCGACUCGACGACCGGUCAACCACCCUACACCGCUUCCGCAUCCCACUAUCCGACACCCGACCCGUCGAAAUCCGGCAGCUCGCACUUCGCGUCCACGCUGACAUACGCCCGCAGCGCGAGCGUGCUGGGGUACUGUAUGCUGCCGUUGGUUCUGGUGAGCGCGUUGGGCGUGGUGGUGAGCAUGAGCACGUUCACGGGGUACAUCAUCACGAGCGCGGCGAUCCUGUGGUGCGUGUAUAGCUCGAGCGCGAUAUUCGUGGCGGUGGGCAGGAUGGAGGGGAUGAGGGGACUGGUGGCGUAUCCGCUAGCACUGUUUUACAUGUGUUUUGGCAUUAUGGCGAUUUUUGGGGCGAGUAGUGCGAGUGGGGCCAAGGGUACUGCGGGGACGGGUUGAGGUUAUGAGGAUCAGUGGCUGGAACGAAGGGAAAGCGGGUUGCCAUAUCUAGUAGCUAUGCUGGACGGAGCGAUUUUAAACCCUGAAUUGAUCGGGAUUCUAGGAUACCAAAAGGAGCAUCAACUGAAGUGGACAUGGUAGCGAAUCACUUUAGAUUUACAUGACCAAGUCGUACACAUGAGUAUUGAACAGUGGAAUGAAAGCACUUGUAUCUUCUAUUAUGGAAAAGGAAAUUUCUAGCAGGGGUUGUCGUGAU